AUGUCUGUCCUUCCUGCAAUGGCCCAAGGCCUUUGGCCGGCGCCCGGAGCGCCUGGGACGCUUGGGGCAACUGGGGCACUCGCUUGGCCAUCUCAGGGAUGCGCCUUCCAGGUGUCGCCAGCAUCCCCUCGUCUGGUGCACAGGCAGACUCAAGCCCAGGCCACUUUGCGUAUGGCACCUUCUGCUGUGGUUCCGCACAUGCCGCAGGCGGUGCGCGGUGCAACCCAAACAGAAGGACUGGUGCCCGUCUGCGUGCCUUCCAGUCCUUUAUUGCAGGGACCAAGACCGGUGGCCGGGUCGGCGUCGGCUCCGGCGCAUCCGGCGGCAAGCUGGACUCCAGGAGUGGCUCCGUCCCCGAAGGUGAUGGCCUACCCUGUCCAGCCAGCUCCCGCGAGCUGUGGGCCAUCCACUUCUUUCUGCCCACCUGAGAUAUCAGAGGCUUCGCAGCAGAAUGCCAGAAGCGGUGCCAACAGCGUGACCCUGCCUGUGAAGCUUUCGCAAGACAGUUCAGGUCCGCCGCAUGGUGCCGCCAGCUUGUCAACAGAGGAAAAUUCUGGCGCAUCUGGCUGUACACAGCUUGCCAGCGAUGGUAGUGUUGCUGCUAGUGCAGGUGAUGCAACCGUUGGGGCGUUGCGAUCCGAGAUUGAAGGCUUGCGAGCUGAGUUGGAUGUCUUGCGCGCGCUCCUCGAUGAAGGUCUGCAGCAGAGACAGGAGGCCGAGCGCUCCCAAAACGCAUUGAUCUCCAGAGUCGAGCAGCUGUCCAGCGGCAAACUCCAUGCAGAGCAGCAGGUAAGGGAGGCACAGACGGAGAUGCAAUGGCUCCGGAGUGAGCUUGCCCGUUGUCACCGGCACACUCGCGAGGAGCUAGCUGAGCUACAGACCUGGCCGGAAGAUAAGACAGCUGAGAUGGAGCAGCCGUCCCUGCGAAAUUCUUCCUGGUCACCGCCGAAGAAGUCUGCUUCAUCUCCGCCCAGUCCAAAACAUCGUGCCCGAGCGAAUGCGGCUCACGGUGGUGAAGCGCCAUGUCCCUUUCAAAGUUGCUCGGGCAUGUCACGCAGCUCCAGCUACAAGGGCUCUGCGUAUGAGCCGGCUCCACACACGGACGAGGUAGACGAGAUGUGGCGCGCUGUGCUUCAGCGCUUUCCUCAACAUCCCCAGUGGUGCCUUGUUAAGGAAAAGCGUUGCGUUUACCGCAUGGGCAGUCAAACAGGCAAGAAAAUCGUUUGCCGGGUGACACAUGGCGGGCUACAGGUUCGUGUGGGUGGUGGUUGGAUGGCCGCAUUUCCAUUCCUUGAGAGGUACGGACCACUGAACAUGGGGCAGAAGUACGGAGAAGAUCUACAGUACAACUGCACGAAUGUGGAUCUGCCUCCGUCUAUGGAGCGGCUGUUGGUUCCUACGAAGAGUUGGGCGCAGAGGAUUGGCAUCAGCAAGACGCCAGACCUCAGGGAGCAGCGGAGACUGCAGGUGGAUGCUGAGGACGAACCUCCGGAGGCCACUGCGAGACCUCGGUCAAGUCCUCGGUCAAUGUCGCAGAAGCGCAUGGCCUGGAGCCAUUUGGCUACCGCUCCUGCAGAAUGCAUGGGCCAAGUCUCCCAGGUUCCUCUUGAAAACGAGGGCGUGCAAGCACUUCAGCCUCUGCCAUGGCCUGGCCACACAAGGUGCAAGCAGACGCUGGAACGUGGGAAGGUGUGA